UUCGCAACCGUAGUUUUCGAGUACGCAAAAAAAAAAAACCUAGUUUUCGAUCUGAACUUUCCCCGAUCUCGACUCUCGAUCUCGAGCUUGCGCGCACUUGGGCGAACAUGGCGGCGCGCGGGCAGGGUCUGGAGCAAGAUUUCGAUUUCUUCGUGGUGGUCGACUUCGAGGCGACGUGCGUGAAAGACGGGCGGAUCUUCCCGCAGGAAAUCAUCGAGUUCCCCGCGGUGCUCGUCGACGGCGCCACCGGCCGCAUCGAGUCCGCGUUUCGCAGGUACGUUCGUCCCAAACAUCACCCUGUGCUGACCGAAUUUUGCAGGGAGCUCACCGGCAUCCGGCAGGAGGACGUCGACGGCGGCGUGGAACUCGGCGACGCGCUCUGGCUGCACGAUUCUUGGCUGAAGGCGGCGACGGCGGGAGCAGGGAACAAGAGAGGCGUCCGCUUGGCCGUGGUGACCUGGGGAGACUGGGAUUGCCGCACCAUGCUCGAGUUCGAGUGCCGCUUCAAGGGCAUCGAGAAGCCCUCCUACUUCGGUCAGUGGAUCAAUCUGAGGGUCCCCUUCCAGGCGGCGCUCGGCGGCGGAGGGCGGGUCAACCUGCAGGAGGCGGUCCGGGCGGCGGGGCUGGACUGGGAGGGCCGCCUGCACUGUGGGCUGGACGAUGCGCUCAACACGGCGCGGCUGCUUGCUGAGAUCAUGCGGCGCGGGGUCAAGAUCACCAUCACCGGCUCGCUGGCGCCGCCGCCGCCGAUCCAGCAGAAGCAGCAGCCUGGCGCAAGCCCUUGCGGUGGCUCACCGGCGCUGGCGCCGCCACCGAUCCAGCAGCAGCCGCCUCGCACAGGCCCUUGCAGUGGCACAUUUGCGCCGGUGCCGGCGCAGGCGCCGAUCCAGCAGAAGCAGCAGCAGCCGCCGCAGCCUCACAUAAUCAGCCCCUGCGGUGGCUCCUCCGCGACGUGCUUCUCGUACUGCGGGGUGGCGACCAGAGGAGCCAUGGAGCCAGGGCCGAUGCCGUCUGGAUGCGCCAACUGGAGGCCGGCCAUGGGACCUUACUUUCUGUGGAGCAACUGAACCAACGACCCAUGAGACAGAGAUUCAGAAUCCAGUGUCGCCCAGCUGCUAGUGUUGACAGAGAUUCAGAAUCAGAGUGUAGCUCAGCUGUUUCUACUAUACUCUACUCUAGGUGUGAUUGUUCACUGAAAUCGAACGUCACCAAUGGGGCAUGUAAUUGGUGUCUGAAUUAUUAGUAGCAUCAAUAUAAAUUUAGUUUGAGAGAAGUGCAUAUUUCAA